GGGACGGGAAGUGGGCGGGGCCGGCCGGAGCACCUCGCUGGGCGCCGAGCGGCGGAGUGGCACGUGAGGCCCGCGGGGACCUGGGGGUGAGGAAACCCUUGGAACGGGAUUGCGGGGCUGACGGCGCUGGGUGCGCAGCCCGACUGGAACCCUGCCAGCAGUCCCCUCGGGAUGCUCUGGGCAUGGCCUCCGGAGCCCCCGAGCAGAGCAGCCGGAUGGCAGAGGAGACCCCCAGCUUCCUGGACGAGUUCCUCCGCGACUUCCCAGCCCCACUGAGCCCAGAGAGCCCUUUGCCGUGGAAGGUCCCAGGGACAGUGCUGAGCCAGGAGGAGGUGGAGGGCGAGCUGGCCGAGCUGGCGGUGGGCUUCCUGAGCAACAGGAAUGCUCCGCCACUGCUUGCUUCAUCUCUGGCCCAUGAAGCAGUUUCCCAGCUGCUGCAGACAGACCUGUCUGAAUUCAGGACGUUGCCCAGGCAGGAGGAGGACAACGAGGAAGUGGAGGAGCAGAAGGCCCCUGUAACCCUGCUGGACACCAAGGGCCUGGCGUGGAGCUUCUUCAACCGGCUCUGGGAAGUAUGCAGCCAGUGGCAGAAGCAGGUGCCCUCAACAGCCCAGGUUCCACCAAGGCAGUGGCUAGUCUCCAUUCACGCCAUCCGGAACACUCGCCGCAGGAUGGAGGACCGGCACGUGUGCCUCCCUGCCUUCAACCAGCUCUUCGGCCUGUCCGACGCCGUGGACCGAGCCUACUUUGCAGUGUUCGACGGUCACGGGGGACUGGAUGCCUCGAGGUACGCUGCGGUGCACGUACACGCCAACGCGGCUCGCCAGCCGGAGCUGCGCACCGACCCUGCGGGGGCCCUCAGAGAAGCUUUCCGGCGCACCGAUGAGAUGUUCCUCGGGAAGGCCAAGCGCGAGCGACUGCAGAGCGGAACCACAGGCGUGUGCGCGCUCAUUGCGGGAAAGACCCUGCACGUCGCCUGGCUCGGGGACUCCCAGGUUAUCCUGGUACAGCAGGGACAAGUGGUGAAGCUGAUGGAGCCACAUAGACCCGAGCGACAGGACGAGAAGGAGCGCAUCGAAGCGCUGGGGGGCUUCGUGUCUCACAUGGACUGCUGGAGAGUCAACGGGACCCUGGCCGUCUCCAGAGCCAUUGGGGAUGUCUUCCAGAAGCCCUAUGUGUCUGGAGAGGCGGACGCAGCCUCCCGGGAGCUGACUGGCUCUGAGGACUACCUGCUGCUGGCUUGUGAUGGCUUCUUUGACGUGGUCCCCCACCAGGAGGUUGCCGGCCUGGUGCAGAGCCACCUGGUCCGGCAGCAGGGCAGCGGGCUGCGUGUCGCUGAGGAGCUGGUGGCUGCAGCCCGGGAGCGGGGCUCCCAUGACAACAUCACGGUCAUGGUGGUCUUCUUCAGGGACCCCCAAGACCUGCUGGAGGGUGGGGCCCAGGGGGCCGGGGACUCCCAGGCAGACAGGAGAAGCCAGGACGUGCCCUGUGACCUCUCAGAGGCAGAGAACAACACUCCAUGGAGAAGUGAGGAGGCCCAGCCCCCCAGUGGUACCCGCCUGUGACCCCACCCCUCGGAUGUCCUAGGACCCGACACAUAGUGGUGGCAGGUGGGCACCACCCAAGCAGUGCUUUCCCCUGGGACUCCUGAACCCUUGCGCUGCUCCCAUGGGUCCGUCCCGACCUCCGCGGAACUGCGUGAGACGGUGGGCGUUGUGCCUCGCUCGUGACGGGCAGUGGAACAAAGGAAGCCUCACCAAAGCGAAGCUGACCCGGGAACUGGACGGGCUCUUGCUCCCCAUGGGGCAGGGGUGGAACCAGAGGACCAAAGACACCGGGCAGUGCGUGGGACAGCGGACACUGUGUGGGUCCUUGGGCAGACCCAGGGUGCCCGGCGCAGGUUUCUCCCCCACUCCUCAUCGGCCGUAGCGGGGGGGUUCGUGUCUGCAGGCACACCUGGCAGGACCUGGCUGGGGGAGCUCGCUCCCCACACGGGAGAGGAUCGGGGAUCGGGUCUACGGCGGUCACCCGCCUGCAUCACAGCAGCUGUGAUGUGUGGCCCUGGCCUCACCGGCCCCUCGUGUCCCCCACACACCCAGGGAGGGGCAGCUCAGAGAUGCUACGCUUGUCUGUUGUGUGCCAACCCCCCACCACCCCGCCCCCGCCCCGGGGGAAAGUCCGAUCCCGAAAAGCAGUAUUUCAGGUUUUGUCUUUGUUCCGUCAGUGCCAAGGGGGCCUAUUUGUCUAAUGAGCAGAGCUUAGCAUUUAUUUUAUUUCUUAGAAAACUUAACGUAUUGAUAUUUUUUAGGGGAAAUUUCUUUUGCAGUAUUACUGAUUUUUUUUUUCUUAAAUCAAGAUUGAAACAAAAACCUUUCCAGGUAGUGUUAAUAAGCCAUUCAAGUGCCUUAAACAGUUCUAGGUAAGGCUGGAUCCGCCAGGCCUGGGGUAGGCUCUAAGAGGCACCUUUAAGUUUCCACAGAAGUGGGGCUGAUUUUGUGACAGCAGAUGGUUUAGGCCAGAAUUCUUCCCAGGAGAGUUCUGUCUGACUCGGGGAUGUGCCACGGGCAGCAGAGUGGUCGGUCCCCAAGAGCAUGGGCUGUGAGGCGUGGCCCAGGCCAGGCUGCAGGGCUCCUGGAGCUCAGGGUGACCGUGGUCCCUGCCUGAUCCCCACCUUCCUUGGCUCUGCCUCUUGGUAUCUGGCUGGACCUUAGGCUGAGAGCUUGAGCUCCAUGAGCAGGCAAAUCCUUGCUGCUGUUUGGAAUGUUCCAGGGUGUCUUGUGUGUUGGCAGUUGGAUUGGUUUCAUUCAGAAACACACAUAAGAGGCUCUGGCGGGUCUGAUGUAGCUGGCGGGUCUGUUUGGAGGCAGCGGGAGUGCAGCUGGGAGUCUAUCCCACCCACCCAGCCCUUGCCCCUCUUUUUGCCAAUAGCUGGCAGCCUCUGCUGCCUUGCGGUGUCUGCCCCCAGCCUUGCCUGCCUGUGAGAGCAUGCGCCCGGGUCCCUUACUGCCCUGGGAAGGCGAAGCUCACAUCAGGGGGCGUGAUACAACCACUGUGUGGAAUAGAAAGUAGUGAGGGCUCCAGGUGUGGGACCUGGGCUGCUGUGUGGGUAGGGCUGCUGCAGGCAGAGGCUGGUGGUCUGGGAAGGGCAGUGGGUGGCUUAACCAAGGCCUCUGCAGGAUGUUCCCUGGGCCCUGGGCAGUGGGAGGAAGCUUGGUGCCAGGGCCCCAUGCCAGGAGGUACGGAGGAAGCAUUCUGAGUCUACCCACGGCAGCAGGGCCCCAGAAAGGUGUGCGCAGAGAGCCCCCUGAUCCCAGCGGCACUGAGGAGAGUCCCGGGGAAGGAACGGAUGGUGGAAGCCAUCCCUCCCGAAGUGAUUGGGCUGUCCAGAAGGAAGGGUGGGAGCCUUGGGGGGCCAUUGCCUGUAGGCUGACUGUACCCCUCCCCUAGAGCAGGACGAAGACGCCGAGGCCAUGCGGUCAGUGCCUUGCUUAGGGCCUCAUGAUAAAAGCAUCUUAAACACAGGCACUGCCGUUCAGAGAGUGUUCGGCAGCCAGCAUGACCAUGUGUUGUUCUAUUUCACUCAAAGGCCCCGCUCCCUUCUGGGGGCCAGAAGCCCCUUUCUCAGCCCCUCCCAGCACAAGGCUGGGCGUGGCCCCACCCUUCACUUCCAGCCUGGCAUCCUGAGGGCGUGGCCUGACUGGAAGGAGCAGGUGGUGGGCUUGUUUUUCCUCUUUUUUUUGCUAAUCUUAUUCCAUCAAUUGCUACCAAGAGAGAAGCUUCUGCUUUGUGCCCUGGCUGGAGGCCCCACCAGGACAUUUCUCCAGGCUCGUCCUCAGUCUGGCCGGCCUGUCAGCCCAGGAGGCCGUGCUCUCCUGCUGUGCCCCAGGGCACAGAGCCGGUCUUUUCCAUCGGGACCGGCUGCAGGGGGAGCCACUGGGAGAUCAGCUUCCAAGCAGCCUGCUCUACUCCCUCUUCAGGCCACAGUCCCAAGGGGCCCCUAGCCGAGACACUGAUCUGGAAACCUCGACCCCCCCCUCUCAAGUCCCAGCUUUGCCACCGGCUCCUUAUGUGAGCUGCGUAAGUCAUUGCACCUCCCAGGGCCUCAGUUUCCCCUCUUUCGGGCACAGUGUUGCAUUGAGUCUGCAGCAGCUCCUGGAAUUCUGGAGGUGCAGGGAGGCCCUGGGGCGAACCCAGCACAUCCUGGAGAGAUGCCUCCAGCGCUGAGGCCCCUCCCCCACCACCAGCAGGGUGAUUAAGUAUUACUAGUGUCUAUUCUUAAAACUAAGUGGGUUGGAAAAGAAUUGAGCUACUGAUGCCAGGGUUUUAUGUGGAAUACAAAAGCUAGAGAACUCUAGCUCCGCUUUUAAGAACUCUAGCUCCGCUUUUGCAGGUAGAGCCGAUCCCAAGCCAGCAGGGGUGGGAGAGGAGGCAGCUGAGGUGGGAGGGCCUGGGAGAGAGGCAGGUACAGUGGGGCUCCCUGGGGCAGCCGGUCCAGCUACCCACUGCUGAAAUCCAGAGGUGAACACGUGACCUCCCCAACCCAGCCUGUCCUCAGCAGCCAGGGCUAGGAAAUGGGCGUAUUUUAGGGAGAUAGCAAUAGAGUGCCAGGCUCCAGGGAGAAGCACGGGCUUGCUGAAGUCCUGGGUCGGCUUUUGGCUGCAGUCCUGUCUCCCGCCCUCCCUGAGCCCACUGCAGUCUCGGCCUCGCCCCCUCCCCAGCUACCUCAGCAGUGUUCCUAGGGCUUCGGGCCCAGCUCUGACGGGCCUGGCCCGAUGCCAGCCCUGCGGGAGCCAAGUGGGCUUGUGCAGACCGGGCUGUUUGGUUCCAUCCUGCCCGUAGCCCAGAGGGGCAGCCCCUGGGGCCUGGGCUUUCCUCAGGCCCCACAGCUUUGCCAGACUUGCCGUGCUUUGCCAUUCACACGCUGUGCCAGCCUUGCCAAGGGUUUAUCUGUGCGAGUUUUAUGAGGUUCUGUGGAGGGUGGGGGUCCUUUCUAAGGCAGGGUGGCUAUUUACUCUGCCUGCAGGGACAAGCCCCAAGGUAAGAGGCCAGAAAGGCCGUCUCCUCCCAGGGCUGCUGUGCUCAAGUGUCAAUAAACCAUGAGUUCUGAAA